AAACAGAGUUGUCUUGUCACCGCCCCUCGGCCGGCUCCCUCCUCAUCGGGGGUUUGGUCGGAUCCGCUUCGUUGGAAGACAAAAGUUCUGGUGAAGCUGGUCCAGAUAGCCGCCGUUGCAGUCCCGGGCCGUUCACCUCCCUGAUUGGAUUUUAAGAUUCACAAACAUGGAAAGUGAUGCUCCGCACCUGCCCGUUGGGUACUGGGUGUAUUGGAUGUCACGUUCUUAUGGUCAAAUGAACGCAUUCCGCGGUUGCAACGGCAAACCGAAAGCAGCGAAGCAUACGACGCUGCAAACCCCGUCGGCCGGAACUAUGAUGCGGAAGUUAAAAACACCCGGUAAAACUUCUUCUUCUCCGAUGUUCGCAUCUGGCUAUUAAAGAUUGGAUAUGCCUCUUUCUGAAAGUCCAGUUAUGAACAAGAAAUUUCACAGCAGCAGCAUCCAGCCUUGAUACACUCUUCUCAAAAGAUCAGUCAUCUCAGAUCCAAUACCCACACCAUGAAGACCUUCUCCAUCGUCGUUGCCAUGCUAGCGUCCCUAGUCGCUGCAGGGGACUUUAGCAAGAGUUGCACGGACGAACACAUCGACCCCGCAACCCAGGUUCUGACGGCGAACUGCAACGCCGGUGACGGCAAGGGCACGGUUAAGUCGACUUCCCUCGACCUCAACCAAUGCUUCACCUACACGGGCACCAAGAUUCAGUACAGCGGCAAAGGCCACUUGGGUGAUUCCUGCAGCGACUGCUAUGUCUACCGCAUCGAGGACCCGGUCUAUGGGCCGAUUUUCGGCACUACCCGAGUUUGGUUGAGCUGCUCUUGCAACGGCUCCGAGAGCCAAAUCGAACUUGAUACUACGCCCGUGUCCAACCAGUACGGAACUCUGAGCUGCACAUCAUGAUCUACGAGAAUGAGACGCCUCUGUCAGUUACCGCUAAACAUCCUCGAAAGUGGUGGUGACGAGUCGUGUUGGAGGCUAUGAAUGAUGUUUGACGAAUCACAGAGCAUAAAUUGAACGACGGCCAAUCUCUGUCGCUGCGCAGGUAAAUGCGACGGGGCUGGAUGGAAACCAUGGACACUUUCUCAAAAGUUGAUACUCUUCUUGUACAUAUUUAUUCCCUCUUGUUCUGCAUAUCCAGUAGCUACAUUUCAAUGUCUAGU